AUGGCGGACGCCGAGCAUGAACACAAGGUUGAAGAGGAGGUUCCCGCAGCUGAAGGGGAGGUGAAUGAUGAGGAGGAGAUUUCCGAGAUGAAGAAGAGAGUGGCAGAGAUGGAAGAGGAGGCAGCAAAGCUCCGCGAGAUGCAAGCAACGCUCGACCAGCAAACCAACGAUAUGCGAGAAGACAAGGAGGACAUCGACUCGAGAAGCAUUUUCGUCGGCAACGUAGACUAUGAGGCAUCGCCCGAGGAGAUCCAGGCACAUUUCCAGAGCUGCGGCUCUAUCAACCGAGUGACAAUUCUACUGGAUAAAUUCACCGGCCAUCCUAAGGGGUAUGCAUAUGUGGAGUUCACAGAGCCGAGCCUUGUCGCUCAAGCUCUUGUCUUGAACGAGAGCGUCUUCCGUGGAAGAAACCUCAAGGUUGUCCCUAAACGCACAAAUCUUCCUGGCAUGACCCGCGGAAGAGGCCGAGGCGGUAUGAGAGGUGGUGGUCGAGGCGGUGCUGGUGGUGGCUAUACUCCCUAUGGCCGUGGAGGCUUCGCGCCCCGUGGAGGAGGAUACCGGGGUGGUUACAGAGGAGGACGUGGGCGCGGAUAUGCCCCAUAUUAG